AGCCGGCUCAUUUUCAGAACACAAUUUGGCGCGAAGGAAAGCGGACGUUUUUCCCCUCUCCUCGUUUCUAUAUAAGUAAAUGUAGAACGUUUUUUAAUUUCUUUAAUUACUGUAACCAAGAGACUUAAUAUUAAUUCUUUCCACAAGGAGACCGCAUAAAUUUAGAGUUAAUCUACUGUCGACCAAGGGUCCUUUUUAUCGGUUUAUAGCCGGACAUUGGUGCAGUUUGUGUCAGGAACUAAACGUACUUGGAUAUCUCGUCACUGCGUCUUUUCUCUAAGCCUGAAGUGAAGAUUGCUCCAAGAUGGCAGAAUGUAAUGGAUCGACGCAGAAGAAUGUUCAUAAUUUGAGUUUCCAGCCAUUACCUCAGGGGGACCCAGGCUUUGCCGUGUACCCGGCGCCUGGCAGCGGACCGCCUUCCCCCCUCCCCGUCAUGGCCGUCACGAAAGGUGGCGACGAGAACAAGGACCGGGGCAACUGGACGAACCACGCCGAAUUCUUGCUGUCCUGCAUCGGCUACGCCGUCGGCUUGGGCAACGUCUGGCGUUUCCCCUACCUGUGUUACAGCAACGGCGGAGGAGCGUUCUUGAUUCCCUACUUGAUUAUGUUGCUGUUAGCCGGUCUUCCCCUGUUCUUCCUUGAACUUGCCUUCGGCCAGUACAGCAGCAGUGGACCGAUUCGUUGCUGGAACUCCGUGCCCAUGUUCAGAGGUGUUGGUAUAGGCAUGGUGAUCGUUUCUGCAUGGGUGGGCAUCUACUACAAUGUCGUUAUUACCUACACGCUAUACUACAUGUUCCAGUCUCUGACCACCUCCUUGCCAUGGGCUGGGUGCGGCCACGAGUGGAACACAGAGUACUGCAGCGACCUGGUCAGCGAUUGCUUGGACAGUGGCGGCAUCAUGACCGUCAACAACACCUGCGUAGCCGUCGAAAACAUGACCAGUACCGAGCUGGACAUGUACAACAUCACCGAGGACGGCAACCUCACCGAUUAUGUUGAUCCAUUGAAGGACAUGCGAAUUCGGCCAAGCGAGGAGUUCUACAGGAAUCGUAUGCUGCACGACUCCGGCGACAUUAGCAAAUCCGGUUAUAUCAUUUGGCAGUUGGCGUUAUGUCUGGCCCUCGCCUGGUUGCUCGUCUUCGGCUGUUUGGUCAAGGGUAUCAAGUCCUCUGGAAAAGUCGUGUAUUUCACCGCAACGUUUCCCUAUCUGGUCCUGGUGAUUCUGCUCAUCCGCGGCGUCACGCUGGAGGGAUACUGGAAAGGGAUCAAUUUCUUCGUCACACCGAGAUGGAACCAUCUUGGGGAGGCCAAGGUGUGGAAAGAUGCAGCCGUUCAAAUUUUCUAUUCUCUGAGCGCAUCCUGGGGCGGACUUAUCACCCUUUCUUCUUACAAUAGGUUCCGUAACAACUGCUUGAGAGAUGCCAUCGUAGUCCCCCUGUUGAACUGUGGAACCAGCAUCUUAGCCGGCUUUGUCAUCUUUUCGAUUCUUGGAAAUAUGGCGCACGAACUGGACAAACCUGUGGAGCACGUCGUCGACGAAACCUUUGGUCUCGCCUUCAUCGUCUACCCCGAGGCCGUGCUCCAUUUCCCCGCGGCUCCUGUCUGGUCUUUCUUGUUCUUCUUCAUGUUGCUUACUCUCGGACUCGACAGCCAGUUCUGCAUCGUCGAGACCGUCGUGACCGCCGUCAUGGACCAAUUUCCCGAGAAGUUGAAAGGCCGCAAAACGUGGAUUGUUGCCCUCUACUGCAGCAUCAGCUUCCUGCUGGGACUGAACACUGUCACACAGGCCGGUAAUUAUUGGGUAUGGCUUAUGGACAAGUAUGCCGCCGACUUUGCCCUGUUGAUCUUCGGGUUGAGCGAGUGCGUCGCGUUGGGAUGGCUGUACGGUAUCAAGCGAUUCAGCAACGACAUCCGCACCAUGCUGGGCGACAAGAUUGUGGACUCCUUCUUCUUCAGGUGGUGGCCUCUGAACUGGUGUUGCAUCACUCCCUGCGUCCUGGCCUUCGUGCUGCUGUUCAAUUGGAUCUCCUGGACAGACCCCACCGCCAGGGACUACGAGUUCCCACCCUGGGCUCACGCCAUUGGCUGGAUGAUGAUCACUUCCACGCUUAUAUUCAUUCCCAUUGUGUGGGUCUGGGAGUUUAUCCGUGCCGAGGGUGGUGUUAGAGAUAGACUUCGUGCCAUGACCACCCCGACCGCCGAAUGGGGACCAGCCCUUCUAGAGCACCGCAAAGACGCCUCCCGAGUCCACAAAACCCACGGCACCACCAUGGGUGGAGUGGUGGAGUGCGGCGAUGCGACCGACAAAUUCGCCAAGUAUAUGCCAUGCGAGGAAGGAGUGAGCGUGCCGCCCCAGGAGACCAUCGCCCUGCAGGGAUUUAAGGGUAACGCCGUCUGAGCUGUCGUGCCUACAAGAACUGAGGAAGGGGAAAGGGGAAGAUGAGAAGGGGGAACAUUCCGGCCGGGCCCGGUGCCCAUGUUUUUUUAAGGGAAAGACUGAGUAGGAAACAAAAACACACCUUGCUUCAAAAGAAACCCAAAAGCCCCGUGUAUGAAAUGCAAGCGGCAGAAGAAAUUAUCAUUGUGGACUGCUCAAGCCGACGACAGGAUUAAUUGGAUGGAAGGGGGAAAGCCAAAAACAGCUGUAGGCCUACUGCAUGGAUCAGGAGAGUACACGCUCUUUGCAAGUUCUCCGUCCGUCCACUGACCCUUACCCUGCUGUCUGUGCUUUAUCACGUGGCUCUGUUGCGCUUUAUCUCGUGAGUGCAUGAACACCAGAAGCGUUUUCCCACCAGACAUGCGCCAACGUAAUUUUUACCGUAUGUGAAGAAUGGAAUGCAAUGCAAGUUUAGGGGAGCCGGCCUGCCCUGCAACGUCGUAUAAAAAAAAAACGGGGUCCUUUAUCUCAGGCGCCUGUUUGGCAUUUUGACUAGCAACUUGCCUUUUUGUAUUUGUCGCGCUUCAGUAUUGUAAAACGUAAUUCACAUAGUUAUAACGGGAAAGUGCUAUACCACAAAGUUAUUUCUUGUAAACUGCAAAGAAUAGUACCGUACUCUUUAACAUGUGCAAGAAAUGUACACGCCUCAAAGUAUGGCUCGCGAGUGCCAGCUCACCAGGAAAAUCCUGCAAUAUUAUACAUAGCCAAGACAAAAUCGCCAAACUGAAAGGGUACGCUCGCCGCGUCAGAUAUUGCAUGUACAGGACGCAAAGACUUCGGGUUUGGAAAUUACGUAAUGGCUAAUGAUUAGGGCCUAUAUUGGGGUUGUACUUUGUGAAUUCCGUUCCACAGAGGUUAUGCAUGGCAGCUAUUUUUCCGGUAAGAGCUUUUGUUCCACAAGGAUACACAGAGUUAGACCUUUUGUACUAUCCCUCCGUAUAACACAAGCAUGAUGGCUGCCGUGCAAUCCCCUCUAUAGGUGGUGCUGGAACUUAGCAUCCUCGUGUGUGAUAAUCGAAAACAAGUGCUUUUAGCUAUAUUUCAAUGUAUUGUGUAAUGUAUUAAAUUUGAUCUGUUUAUAGCGUAAAAUGCGCUUUGCUGCAUCAUCAUGAAAACGGUGCUUUUAGGAUUCAUCCCUCUACGUUGGCGUCUUGGCGAUAUAACGAGUUAAACUGGAAAAAACGUACAACUGACACAGCAAAAAACCUCAAAAGAGGAAAGGCUUUGGUCGUAAGCAUUAAUGGAAGCGACUCGUAACUAAAAUAAAAACAAAUUCCAGGAAAUAGUGGAGAAUUUUCGAAGGCAGCAGUUUGUGCUGAAAAGUAAAGCGGUAUCAUAACGACAUUUUUCGAGUAACAUUGCGACUGGAUUAUUUUUCACUGCAGGAAAAUGCCAUGUUAACGUGCAAUAACAGUAAGCACAAAUUGUAAACCACAAACCACGGCAAAUGCAAAUCCUAAAGGCUGUCACAGUCUUUGAUGUCUUUCUGAAAUGUUGCGAUUACAAUGCAUUUACAUAUUAUGUUUCAGUUUGGUGUUAUCUUAUGUCACUUUUUAGAUAUAAUUGUAACUCGUUUUCUCAAGUGGUUUGAACUUCGGGGAAACACGCGUUGCUACAGCCCAUUGGCGAUCGUGUUCAUAUGGCAAGCAUUUUCUUUGAUUUAUUGGAUUUCAAAAAAACCGCAUGGUAUUUGGAGGGGUUGGAGGCGGAACAAAAGUAAAAUAUGAAACAUUAAUGUACCUUUCUGAAUCCAAUAAUUUCUUAGGAUCAAAGGGUGGUAACAUUUUUUGUGUAAAACUUUUUAUUCAGAAUUGGCGAAUUUGUGAGCCAACCAACGAACGGUUUGUCUUAUGAACAUCUACAGAAGUAAUAUUAUAAGCAAUAUGUUUUUAUUCAUAUAUGAAUAAAAUCAUCUUGUUUAUAAUAUUACUUUAUCAACCUACAAUGCAUACACCUGUUUCCUCGACCAUCCUUACCACAAAUGAUUUUGCCGUCUCCUAAAUGUAUAAAAUUACAAAUGUCAAAAGGCAUAUUUAUUUAUUUGUAUUUGCCAUUAUAUUUUGUAUAUUUUAAUUUGGUUUUGUAACUUGGUCUUAUGAGAUAACAAGGAUUCAAUUUUGAUUAUCUUAGAGGGCAAGGCGGGAAAAUAGAAAAGUGACAUUUUCUUAUGGGUUAUUGUGAAACUUUUUGAAUUUGUUUAUGCAAAGGUAUGAUAUUUUAGAGCUCCAAUGUGUUUUUAAGGGGAUUUUUUACCUGAUGAAAGACGAAUUGAAUCUUUGUGAGUUGUUUUUACAGAUUUAGUACCGUACCUAAGAGGGCACCAGGCAUUUCAGUGAGCUCAUGGUUUGUGCUGAUGUAGCUUUGUCGCUUAUGGAGCCAAACUCAUACCAGGUGUACAUGGAUGGCCUCAGAACUGUCCAUCCAUCCUCUUGUACGUGUAGUUCGUGAUAGAUUUUAUACCGACGCCUCAUUUUGCAGGAUUUCUUUCAGCCCGUCUGGAAUGUAAACAAACGGCUGCAAGGCAACACUGUGGUGUGCCGUUUCUUGCAGCCUGUGAAGUCGGCUGCAAUACGGUGUAAAAAUAGGGUAUAUAGUAAAUGUGUGAGUAGCUUUUAUUGUAGAACUAGACUUUAUUUAUUGCGCAUUUUAGUGUACAGUAGUGGUAUUUUAUGAAAGGUGUUGACAUGCAAUAUCGUGAAACUGGUCGUUGUCAACGUCCAAGCAGGUGCUUAAACGCUGCUUGUCGUAUUUGGGCGAGAACAUCAGCAGAACCCUCAUUCUCGCUGCACGACCGAUCAAAAAGAAGCGCUGGGUCCCCGUCAUAUCGGCAGAAUCAACUAUGUGCUGAGAUGGCGAGGCUAGGCGUCUGGUGCUUCAGAAAGAAAAUUGAUCGGUCUCGUUGCGCAAAAAAAUUAACUGACAAACUCUAAUUGGAGAGUUCAAGAGAGAUCUGAAACGAGGAAUCGCCCGUUUGUAAAUUUGAUCUGGUGUAGAUAAUUUGUACAAAUUUAGAUAUUGCAUGCAUCACCCUGAAGUGUACAACUUUUAUUAAUAUAUGGAAAGAGAAACAAACAAAAAAAGCGUUGUUCGUGACAAUGCAAAAAAAAAAAAUCAGUUCCAAAUAGUUCUGAUGUAAACGACUCCAAGUAAACCCCAGAGGACAGCAAAGUGAAAAAGAGCGAUAAAAAGAAAUAUAAUAUAGCUUGUACUAUUAUGUACUCAAAAAUGGCUGCAUAUUUCAUGUUAAAGACAAAUUCCAGCAAUUGUAGCUUCUAUCCAGAAUCAUUGUAAUUAGUAAUAACUAUAUAGACCUAGCCCCGAACUACUUACCAUAUUUUCUUUUUAUGAUUACUCUAUUGAUUCUGUUUUAAAUUUGGUUGAUCUUUGGUUUUCAAAUAAAGAUACCCGGAACUGUA